GCCCGGGCUCCGCCCCUCCUCCCUCUCCGAGUGGGGAAACUGAGGCCCGGGGACCGAAGGACGACCCCGGCGCCCCGGGGCUGCAGAGGCGCUUGAGCCACAGCCUAUAGCAAUGAGGAAGCAUUGUAACAACGCUGUGUUAUUUUACGCAACGGCGGCGACGAUAAAUCAGCAGCACCCCUUUGCCUGGCCCCUCGGUGCCUGGAUUAACUCCGCGGAUGAGCCUCGGCUCCCGGAACGCAUCCACGCUGGUUUUCCUGAGGAUGAGGCAGCCUCACCCUUGGGGGAGAGGCGUGGGGGCAGUUCUCACUUCGGCCUUCUUUCUCCUGGGCUGCUGGGGUCUCUCCGAUUUCCAGCAGGAAUUUCUUCAGGCUUUGGCGCCAGAGGAAGUGACUUCUUAUUUUGGCCCUGAAGCUACUUUAAAAGUGCCUCCAUUCGAUGUGGCCCCUCUCAGCUGCAUCUGUGAAGAUGGGCCCGGGGGGCCUCCCUGCAGGGCCCCAAGCUGCUCCCUGCACGCCUGGGGCCAGCUCUUCACCGUCUCCUUCCCGCCGGAGCGGAGCCUCCUUACGGCCUCCUUCACCAGCGAGCACGUGCUGAAUGCCUCCCUGCGGCUACUGAGAUGGCCGCUCCAUCUCUGCUUCUCGGGAGGCCGCCCCCUGCUGCCCCUGGGUGCCGUGGCCAGAGUCACUUACUGCUCGGGCCACUUGGAGGGUGACAUCCUCGUGGGUGCAGACCGGUUUUACAUCCAGCCAGUGAGGAGACAGCACCAGGAGCUGGUGCCUCCCUGGGUUCGUGCCCAGCCCCACCUGAUCCACAGGCCUGUCCCCAAGGCCCCUGUGGCCCCCGAGGCCCCAGAAGUCAUCCGAGAACCUUCGCUGUCAGCCCUGCCUCCUCCCUCAGCAGGCCGUCCUCCUCACCCUCGAGUCCGGAGAUGGGCUGCCGGGAGCGUCCUGCACUUGGAGCUGCUGGUGGCCGUGGGCCCUGACGUCUACCAGGCUCACCAGGAGGACACUGAGCGCUACGUUCUCACUAACCUCAACACGGGGUCAGAGCUGCUGAGGGACCCAUCCCUGGGGGCUCAGUUCCGAGUACAUUUGGUGAAGUUGGUCAUCCUGACCCAGCCCGAGGAUGCCCCGAAUAUCACAGCCAACAUCACGGCGUCACUGCUGAGCGUCUGCGAGUGGAGCAGGACAGUCAACCCUGAGGACGACAUGGAUCCCGGGCAUGCCGACCUGGUCCUCUACGUUACCAGGUUUGACCUGGAGUUACCUGAUGGUAACCGGAAGGUUCGGGGGGUCACGCAGCUGGGGGGUGCUUGCUCGUCCUCCUGGAGCUGCCUCAUCACUGAGGAUACUGGCUUUGACCUGGGGGUCACCAUCGCCCAUGAGAUUGGGCACAGCUUGGGCGUGGAGCACGACGGUGCGCCGGGCAGCGGCUGCGAGCCCAGCGGCCACGUGAUGGCUUCCCAGGACGGGGCGCCCGCCGGCGGCGACCUCUCGUGGUCCGCCUGCAGCCGCCGGCAGCUGCUGCACCUGCUGAGCACAGGACGGGCGCACUGCAUGCGGGACCCGCCAGAGCCGCAGGCCGGGGCCGCGGGGCGCCCUCCCCAGGCGCAGCCCGGCCUCCUCUACGGCGCGGACGAGCAGUGCCGCGUUGCCUUUGGCGCCAGGGCGGUGGCCUGCACCUUCGCCAGGGAACACCUCGACAUGUGCCAGGCUCUGUCCUGCCACACUGACCCCCUGGACCAAAGCCGCUGUAGCCGCCUCCUCAUUCCUCUCCUGGAUGGGACAGAGUGCGGUGUGCAGAAGUGGUGCUCCAAGGGUCACUGCCGCUCCCUGGCAGAGCUGAGCCCCGUGGGGGUGGUGCACGGGCACUGGUCUAGCUGGGGUGCCCCCAGUCCUUGCUCCCGCUCCUGCGGAGGGGGUGUGGUCACCCGGAGGCGGCAGUGCAACAACCCCAGGCCUGCCUUCGGAGGGCGUGCGUGUGUGGGUGCUGACCUCCAGGCUGAGAUGUGCAACACCCAGGCCUGCGAGAAGACCCAGCUGGAGUUCAUGUCCGAGCAGUGCUCCCAGACGGACAGGAAACCGCUACACCUCUCCCCGGGCAAUGCCUCCUUCUACCGCUGGGGCUCCGCUGAACAGUAUAGUCAAGGGGACGCUCUGUGCAGACACAUGUGCCGGGCCAUUGGCGAGACCUUCAUUGUGAGGCGUGGGGACAGUUUCCUGGAUGGGACCCGGUGUGUGCCACGUGGUCGGCGGGAGGACGGGACCCUGAGCCUGUGCGUGUUGGGCAGCUGCCGGAUGUUCGGCUGUGAUGGCAGGAUGGACUCCCCGCAGGUGCGUGACGUGUGUCAGGUGUGCGGAGGGGACAACAGCACGUGCAGCCCGCGGAACGGCUCUUUCACGGCCGGAAGGGCCAGAGAGUAUGUCACGUUCCUGACCGUGACCCGAAACCUGACCAGCGUACACAUCACCAACCGGAGGCCUCUCUUCACACACCUGGCGGUGCGGAUCCGAGGGCGCUACGUCGUGGCUGGGAAUUCCAGCAUCUCCCCCAGCACCACCUACCCCUCCCUCCUGGAGGACAGCCGUGUGGAGUACAGAGUGGCCCUCACCGAAGACCGGUUGCCUCGCCUGGAGGAGAUCCGAAUCCGGGGACCUACCCAGGAAGACAUGGAGAUCCAGGUUUACAGGCGUUAUGGGGAGGAGUAUGGUGACCUCGCACGCCCAGACAUCACCUUCACCUACUUCCAGCCUCAGCAGCCACAGGCCUGGGCAUGGGCCGCCGUGCGGGGGUCCUGCUCGGUGAGCUGUGGGGAAGGGCUGCGCUGGGUGACCUACAGCUGUCUGGACCAGGCCAGGAACGAGUGGGUGGAGGCUGCCCGGUGCGAAGGGAGCCAGCAGCCGGCAGCGUGGCCAGAGUCCUGUGCCCCUCAGCCCUGCCCUCCACACUGGGCAGCUGGAGACUUUGGUGCGUGCAGUGCGUCCUGCGGGGGAGGCCUGCGGGAGAGGGUGGUGCGUUGUGUGGAGGCCCAGGGCAGCGUUCUGAGGACCUUGCCUCCUGCCCGGUGCAGAGCGCUGGCCCCACAGCCGACAGUGGUGGAAGCUUGCAACUCCCAGCCCUGCCUGGAGAGGCGGGAGGGGUCAGACGCAUGCUCGUCAGCGUGUGGCGCAGACCCGGCUUCGCGGAAUAGGACAUGUGUGCGCGGGGCAGAGGGCCCGGAGGCCCUGGCCACCGCUGGGCCCUGCUCCACAGACGAGAAGCUGCCUGCCCUCGAGCCCUGUGUGGCCAUGGCCUGUUCUUCAGGACCGGGUCUCCCAGACCCCCGGUCUCUGGAGGAGGAGGCCACGUCCCUGCUGGGCAGUGCCAGGCUGGGGGCUCACGCCGCACAUGUGUGGACGCCCCUGGCGGGGCCGUGCUCUGCCUCCUGUGGUCGAGGCCUGAUGGAGCUGCACUUUGUGUGCAUGGACUCUGCCCUGGGGACCUCUGUCCGGGAAGAGCUAUGUGACCUGGAAAGCAAGCCUGGGAGCCGGCAGGAGGCCUGCCAGGCUGCCCCUUGCCCGGCUUGGUGGCGGUACAAGCUGACAGCGUGCAGUGCGAGCUGCGGGCGAGGGUUUGUGCAGGGGAUGUUGUAUUGUGCAUGGGCCCAUGGGCAGGACGAGGACGAGGAGAUCCUGCCGGAUGCCCCGUGCCAGGGGCUGCCUCGCCCAGAGCAGCAGGAGGCCUGCAGCCCAGAGCCCUGCCCGCCCAGGUGGAAGAUCGUGUCCCUUGGCCCAUGCUCUGCCAGCUGUGGCCUUGGUACCGCCACACGCUCUGUGGCCUGUGUGCAGCUCAGCCAAGGCCAGGACACGGAGGUGGAUGGGGCGGCCUGUGCGGCUCUGGUACGGCCUCAGGCCAGCAUCCCCUGCAUCAUCGCCGAAUGCACCCACCGCUGGCAUGUCAGUGCCUGGACGCAGUGCUCUGUCUCCUGCGGAGAUGGCAUCCAGCGCCGGCAUUACGCCUGCCUUGGACCCCAGGCCCAGGCACCUGUGCCAGCCGGCUUCUGCCAGCACUUGCCCAAGCCAGCCACGGUGCGGGGCUGCUGGGCCGGGCCCUGUGCUGGGCAGGGGACUCCCAGUCCGGCGCCCCGCGAGGAAGCCACUGCUCCAGACCAGGCUGCUGCUGGUGCUUCUCCGGAGUGGCCUCAGGCCCGGGCCCACCUCCUCACCCCAGCUCCCCUGGUUCAGGGGCUUCUGCCUGGGCCCCAGGAAAGCCCAGCUGAGUCCAGCGCCUGUGGCCGGCAGCACCUUGAGCCGACAGGAACCAUUGACAUGAGAGGCCCAGGGCAGGCCGACUGUGCGGUGGCCAUCGGGCGGCCCCUGGGUGAGGUGGUGACACUGCACGUCCUCGAGAGCUCCCUCAGCUGCAGUGCUGGGGACGUGUUGCUGCUUUGGGACAGGCUCACAUGGAGGAAGACAUGCGGGAAGCUGACCGGCAUGACUUUCAGCUCCAAAGCCAACACGCUGGUGGUGAGGCAGCGCCGCGUGCGGCCUGAAGGCGGGCUUGUGCUGCGGUAUGGGAGCCGGCCUGCCCCGGGAACCCCCCACAGAGACUGUGACAUGCAGCUCUUUGGACCCUGGGGUGAAAUCGUGAGCCCCUCGAUGAGUCCUAAUGGGAGCAACUCGGGGGGCUGCCGUAUCUUCAUUAACGUGGCCCCACAGGCCCGGAUUGCCAUCCAUGCCCUGGUCACUGACGUGGGCACGGGAACUGGUGCCAGCUACAUCUCAAUCCGGGACAUCCACAGCCUGAAGACGAUGACAUUCCGUGGGCAGCAGGCACUCUACUGGGAGUCAGAGGGAAGCCAGGCUGAGAUGGAGUUUAGCCAGGGCUUCCUGGAGGCACAUGCCAGCCUGCGGGGCCAGUACUGGACCCUCCAGUCUAGAGUGCAGGAGCCCGGCUGGGCCGUGCCCUAGCUUCCUCUGCAAGCACAUACCUCCAGGGACCUGUGGGCACAGUGGGAUGCCUCCUUCAGAUCCUGGAAGAGAAAGGAAGGGGGCUGACAUUUAUGAGCAUCUGUUAGAUGCCCGUUGAGCCCCAGGGGGUUGACUCUGGUCUCGGAGUGCUUUCCAGUUUGGAUCCCUCCAAUCUUAAGUAUCUAUUUUAGGGCCGCCUCCAACAUGCAGAAGGCUAGGCGGUGGGAAGCAGGGACUGGACCCUCUGGAAAGGCAGUCUCCCGCCUCUCUGUACCAAUAAACGGAAUGUGCAGUCCGAGUAGUGUUUUCUUCACAUAACCUGUCCAAUCUGACUUGAAAACCCACCCCACGGCAUUGUCGGGAUUCCCCUGCAGCGGUCGGGCUCCAGACCCAUUCCUGACCUGAGCAAG